CUGGGCCUCUUUGAGCAAAAAAAGAAAAGUUUUGUUUCUAAAGGACAUCUUCUGAGAGUCUCACAGAAGCAAAAAACUUUUUAUUCAUGAGUGGAAAAUCUCCCAAAUUACCUUACUUGAACCCCCCACCCCCAAAAUUUGAAAUGAUCACAAAAAAUAUAAUUUGUGAAAGAAAUUUGGACUGCCUGUAAUUUUGAUAGCAUACACUGGUGAUCAGUGGUUUGUAGUUUUAUUCUACAGUACAGUACAUGGUGAUAGAAUUCAAGCUGAGGUUUGUACCUGGUGAUAGAAUUCAAGCUGAGGUUGUUGUUUUUUUUAAAAUGUAGUUUUAAUGUACUCGGUGAUUUUUGUCUUCAAAGGAUUGCAGGUAUCAACAGUAUAAUUUUAAUCUUUAAUUGUUUUCAACAAAUUUUCUGGAUGAUGAUAUUUAGAUGUGUUGCUUGCUGAUAAAUAUAUUACACGGUCACAAAUCACAGCUCAGGGGCCUUUAUACAUGUUCUGCUAAUAGUAUAUAGGCCCCUGAUCACAGUCGGCUAAAGUGGAUGAGUUUCAUGACAGAUAGAUCACAGAAAAGUGAAAAACGCACAUUCAUCGCCUUUGAAAUAUUGUAGUUUCAUGUAUAUUAAGUAAACUAGACACCAUGACAAGUGUUGCAAAACAUAUCUGACACAAAAUCAUCUUAGAUUGGGACCUGUCUGUUGGAUAAUUUGGGUCAUUAAAGUGAGUGCCAUCUUUUGUUCAAGCUAUUGUAAAAGAAAGAAAAAACAUACUACAUGUAUAUUCAAACAUAAUCUUUGUUUAUAACCUGGUAGAGUUAGUAUUUAAGCAGCUGAGAUUCAGAUUUGGUCAGAUGAAGGGUGACCUGGACCACUGAACAGCUGCCUUUCCUUGUUAAUAAUAAUUAGUGGAUUUCUUUGUCUUGUGUAAUGAAUUACCUGAUUAUUAGUAUUACAUGACAGGAUGUUCAGCUAUGCGAACUUGCUCUGAACUUGAAGAAGUCUGAAUAUUUUAAAAGUGUUGCAGCGAUGAAGCUCUCCUGAUAAAAUUCAUUCCGUUUAUGGAAGUUCAUCAUCAAAAGGCUAUUAUUCUAAAUUGCAUAUGGAUCAACAGUGAUAGCAGAUAACAACUCUAGUGUAUGGUAUGAAUAAUUACAACACUCUUGUACCUAUAAUAUGUGUAAUGUAAUUUAGCAUGACUAAUGAUGACAUAUAUCUUUAGUUUUGCUUCAAGUCAGACUAUUCAAAAUCUUUUUUUUUUUUCAAUAUUCAGAAUAUUUUAUCCAUGCAGUGUAAUCUUGUAAAUUUUCUGAUUUUCAAGUUUUUACUUGAACAUUUUGAUUCAAAAGAAAAAUAUUUCACAUGCACCCAUUUUAUCUAUUUUCUCUGACAAAAUGCCAGUUGCUGUGUAAGGCCACUGUUAUUAUAGUCUACUGUAACAAUUCAGUCUAAAUAGGCUUUGAUCUGUGAAACCCACUCAAAUAAACUCCCAACUAAAUCUAUGAAAAUUGCAUGAAUUAGUGUAAAAUAGUCCUUAGUUUUCAAAACUUUCUCAAUACCCCUGACCCUCUUCAGUGGUAAUUAAGGGGCAUUGCCCUCCGCCCCUUACCCCUUCUCAGCGCUUUGUGCCUCAGUAUUGCCUACACAGAAAACCGACUGCUACCUAUGUCAUCCUUCCUAUUUUUCUUAAGUCGAGACUUAAUUUUUGAAAUAUUUUUAAAAUUAGUACACAUCGAAUAUAAUUUUUCAUAAACUCAACAAAAUUGUCUGUUGCCUUUCCGAGAUCUGAUGUAACAUGAAAGCAUGCGGUAGAAGUCUAUACUCGACAGCUGGAUUAUUGUACUUUGACAAUGACAAUCAGAAAGUGAAAAGAAAAUGGUGCAGAUGUUUUCAAUAACUUGAAUAACAUGUGACACAAACAGAAGAAAAGAGAUAUAAUAUCUACCGUAUUUCUCUCUUUAUUAAUUUUAUUAAUCAACUGGUUUUUUGUACUGAUUUCUUUAGUAACAUUUAUAGGCAUUUAGAUAUAUCUGUUAUACAGAAUAAAGCAAUGUGAGACACGAUCACUUCUGCAUCCCUCAAUGACAGAAAAAGCGACAUCUCGGAUUUGGUAUUGGAUUGAACUUUCAAUGUUAUGUAAUAUUUUACCAAUAGAAUUCCAACAGAGACUUUGAAUUUUGUUUACACUUUCUUGUUUGGUUAUUACUUAACUUUUGGGGGACUUGAGGUGCUGUAACAAAGGUUUAAAGAAAAACAAACUCUCUCUACCUGGGUAUUGGUAGUUUGUUUGUACAAGAAAUCAUCUGGAUUGCUUGUGUAGGUCUCUUUUGAUCAAGGUUUAAUGCAUGGAAUUACAGCAAGUCAAAAUAUACCUUGCAGCAGUUGACGUCUUAAUGACACAGAAACUAGCUACCCUGUAGCAUGGAGUAUAUGUACUUACAAUGUCUGUAGGUUAACAACAUCAAAGUCAAUCUGACAUUACAUGCUAUGUGAUGGUUAGAUUUUUAGCAGGUAUUUUCUAGACGACUGAGAGUUUUGUGCAAAUUCUAGACAACAGAGUUUUGUGCAAAAUUUUGAAUAUUACAAACAUUUUGGAUUAUUAUUUGUCAAGUUUUGGUAAGUGUUGUCACUUUUAUGGCCUGUUGUAAUUGCAGUAGACAUCUCCUAGGGGGAAUCUCUUCUAAAUGAAAAAUGUGUUCGUUUUCUGGUGAUAAUGUUUCAACAGUUGAAUUUGUCUGCAGCAAUGCAAGUGACUUCAAUCUGCAAUGUUCCUCAACAAUUCAAUAUGAACAACCAUAUAUGUUUGGAAUCAAUAUGCAAAAAAAAAAUAUUACAUCAAUUUUGUUUUCCCCUUAACAUUUCAUACUGAAUGACAAUUUGUUUUCAAUAAUUGUAUGAUCAUGAUUUUACUUUAAAUUUUGCAUAAAGAUAUUCAUUUUAUACUAGUCUAAAUGCUCUAUGUAAAAACAAAAUCCUACUGCAUCGUCUCAAUUGGAAUUGCAUAGUAGGACAAACAAAAUUUUGUACCAUUCAUUAAAUGCAGUGUAAUAUGCAAUUUGUAAUUCAUGUACAAACAUAUCAUUAAACUUAAAGUAGGGGUCUAGUAGCGUGACGUCAUGUCCGGAUCGAACUCCGGUAUUGGUUCACGUACUAUUAUUAUCAAACGUAUUUUUACAUUUACCUGGGUGUUUUUUAAAAUUUAGUAAAAUGAAUACAAUAACACUCAAUCACUUAUAUUUGAGUAGACUAUGGCUCCAAUCUUCUUUCCAUUUUUUGUCAUCUAAUUCACACAUAAAACCAGAGGUACAUAUUUGUUUAAUUGAUAUACAGGGGUAAUUUACAUGUUAAAAUUAUCUGUAAAUAAAAAAAAUCAUGAUAUGCAAUAAUGCACUUGUGGAAUUAAAUAAAACAAUUCUGCACUUGUUAUAUAUUUGUUAUCUUGUUAUAUAUUUGUUAUCUUCUAUUAUGCGAAAAUCAUCUUCAAAAUGGCUAUUUUGGCCAAAAAAUGUAAAUAUAAAUUGAGAUGCUGUGAAAAUAUUAUGUUGAGAAAGGGCAGAUUUUUUAAAUGUAUUUUAACAAGCAUUCACAUGUGAACAUAAUAUGUGAGUUUGAAUGAAAAAUCACAAGUCAAAUUUUCAAAAUAUUCAUAUUAGUGGUGUUGCAGUGCUGUAUUUUUGACUGCCGAGGGCCUGUAUUGGGUUCAAUUUUGUACCACCAUUAUUAAAAAACAUGAAACUGUGUUAAAAUUUCACUUUUAAUUAUUUAGUUAGACAUAUUUAUGUCAUAUUUGAGGGAAAAAAUUGCAGCAUCAUACCUCAAACAAAAUUUUAUGGACAUAUUCUAGGACUUCUUCAAUGAAUUCUGAUAUUGCCGUUUGACAAAUGGGGGUACACGUAAUAAAAAUACCAUAAUUUACUCAUUAUACUGACAACCUCCCAUUUUUUUGUUUUUAUCAUACCCUCAAAUAAACAAUCUAAGUAUUUAAACUCAAAUUUUUGAGAAAUCACAAGUAGGUCCUGGAGUAGGGACCUACCUUAAAGGAAACUUUACUUUGUCUUCAGUGAGAUAUUAAUACAAAUACGAAAAAAGAGAUAUUAUUAAACUAGUGUGAAAACAGCAAUCAAUAUUAUGUAGGUAUCUAUUCUAUCAUUUUAUUGUAUCUUUCAAAUGCAAGAAGAACUGUGUGUGACGUGAUUUCAAUCAUCAUCAUCAUCAGUGUGUGCAAAUAUUGAUACCAUAUACUAUUGCAUGAUGUCUUGCUAUUAAAAAGUACCACUAUAAUCUUUCCAUUUACACCAUGCACACCUUUAUAGGUAAAUAGUAUUCUACUGAGACAUGCAAAAAAAUUAAGUCUCCUACAAAACAUUUUUCACAAAUGAUUUAUAUUGUUGACAUUGAUUUUUAAAAAAAAAAAAAAAAAAAAAGCUAUGAAAAGGUUGAGUUCUUUCUUCUAUCUGUGGAACCUGGGAUCUUGGCUUAUGACUACUCAUCAUGCAGUGUGAUUAUCACCUUGAGUGGAAACAUAGAACACCCAAGUUAAUGAACUGGGCUGUAGAGAUUCAUUGAUUUGUGUUAACUAGACCAUUAAACUGGUGAUUAAAGCUAUCACUUGGGCUGUUUCAUUGUCCAGUAGUGACCACUUACACCACCAACUGACAGGUCUGUAGUGUGGGCAGUCAUCAGCACAGUUCACCUUUUCUGGUUCUAACUGUUUAUUAUAGACAAUGUGAAAUUAACAGAGCAGACAGAGGAAACUCUUUCUCAGAAUGAAAACUCUGCCCUGACCAUGUAAAUACAGGAAGUGAUUACUAUGCUGGUAUUGUCGGGACUUUACGUGUUCUUUUUCCUGUACUUCGCACAGAAAACUGAUGGAUUUAUGUUUCAAGAUGGAGUGGUUGUUCCCAACGAUCCCUAUGUCUUCAUUGGUGAUGAGCUGGUCCUGUCCUGUAAUCUGACCAAGCCAUUAGACGAGGAUUCCCGGUCUAUGUACUUCACAAGGAACAGAAACGAAAUGAUUCCAUCGCAAUAUGUUUCCAUUGUCAACUCUCGCAGCAUUAAACUGAGGAUGCCCAUCCUAUCUCCAGACGACAGUGGAAAUUAUGUCUGCAAAAUCAACAAGACCAACGGAAAUACAGAGGUCAUUGGCUACCAGAUCCUUAAGGUGGAAUAUAAACCACAGAAGGUGGCUAGAAAAGAUAUAAAUUGCACAGUUUUCAACUGGGAGAAGAUGAAUUGUACAUGGAAACUUGGUGUGGAAUAUCUCCACAUGGAGGACAUCAAAGUGGAGCUAGUGUGGGCAGUGGCCUCAGACAACACGCAGUACGAUUGCCCACAUCAGACCAACACUUCCUGUGUGUGGGUUACUGAUGACAGUAAAGAUCGACUGAGGUGGAACAUGCCUUACAGCAUGGGGAUUAUUGUACGCAACGAGAAGAGAGGGAACUAUGUCACUACAGCAUUCAAUCAGAACACCGAGGCUAUUGUUAAGCCUGACCCAGUGUCCGAUUUGAAUGUCACUCCCAACAGCACAUGCAUGAACAUCCAAUGGAAUCACUCAGACAAGAAAAAUCGCAAACUUUACAAACUGCAGUACAAGUCAAAAUUGAUGGACACUGCUGAGGAACUUGAGACAGAAGGGAAGUCAGUAGUUAUCUGCAAUUUAAAGCCUCACACAUGGUACACAUUAGAACUGAGAGCUCGACCUCUGACCUCCCGGGGUCAGGUGACAGGAUUUCCGAGUGAGGCUGUGGUCAAAAUGGAACUGACAAAAGAAGAUGUUCCCUCUGGUAUUCCUGAAGUGCACUUUGGAAGUUUUGCUGAGUAUCCUUGUGGUUUGAGAUUUUGUAGAAAAAUCAUUGUUUACUGGAAGCCCGUGAACAUAGACCAGAGGAAUGGAGUAAUACUGCAAUAUCACGUGACCCUGUUAAAUCUGAAUACGGGUGUAAAAAUUCUUAGCAGCAUAGGCAAUGUUACAAAUCAUGGGUUCAGCGUGGAUGUAAACCAAGCUUACAGAGUCCUGAUAAAGGCCGCCACUAAAGUGGGCAUCUCAGAACAUGCAGCCCAAGUGUAUAUUCCUCCCCACAGUGAAGAACCUGAACAUCCUGAGGAAUUGUUGGUGGAGCAGUCCAGUCGCAACACAAGCAAAGAUCAGAUUAACAUCAGCUGGAGACCCCCCUCCUCCCUCCGCCCCGCCUCCCAAAUUAUGUCGUACACCCUGUUCUGGUGCCAGGGGGCGCACCUCAUCCAAAUUUGUCAGGAAACCAUCCAGUGGAAAACUUUACAUCCAAAUGAUACGCAUUACACCAUGCAGUUGGAUAAAAAGUCUGUACCUAACAUGUUAUUUGGUAUUUCUGUGGAAGUUAGUUCUUCAAAUUCGGAUACCUGGAUAAGUUCUGGAAUUAAGUGGAGCACCUGUACCUACAUGAAGAAUGGUAGGCCACUUGUAGCUCCCAAGAAUUUCCGUCUGUCUCCAUUCAGGUUUGAGAACAGUGUUAAAGUCGAGUGGGACCCUCUCCAAUGUCACGAGUCAGAUGGUUAUAUACGGAGAUAUCUGCUGACCUACUGCCAGGCAGAAACCUGGGGAAACUGUACAGAGGAAGAAUCAAAUGUUACGGUUUUCGGUAAGAUACACCAUACAGUUGUCCAGGAUCUAGAACCUGGAUCCACCUACAGAUUUGUGAUGGUAGCUGAAGCCGAGGGAGGAUUAGGGCCCAUCACUGAUGCAUUAUACACCACAAUUCCUGAAUCAGUUUUGCAGAUAGAAGAAAUAAUUGGCAUCAUUAUCGCAGUACUGGUCGUAUUUGCACUGACUCUAUGUGGGGUCAUAUUCAGUAUCAGGCGAUGUUAUCAUACAGUGAAGAGUAAUCUACAGCCCUACGAUAUUGUCAUUCCCAAUGUCCCACUUCCUCCGGUGAAUAUGCAGCCUUCAAUGCAAGCAAGCUCGUGUCUGGAUCCUGACUUCCCAGUUCCAACCAUUCCUCUUAAAUCUCCACCAAAAGAUGGAGACGAUGAGGAUGAAGAUGAUGAAGACAACAGCAUUUACGCUAAGAUCGAGCCGUAUUCACACCCUUCCUCCCCAGGAGAGGGCGCUGCCAAUGUUCCUCUUCUAAACACAAGCUACGACACUAGCUUAGGAAGAAAGGCACAACCACCUGAAGAUAAAUGCAACUUAUUCAGAAACAACAUCUACCUUACCGAGUCCCUUAAACACGGAGUAGUGAAUAGUGCUGAGACGCUUCUCUGUAGGCUUCAUCCAUCACAUAUCGCCAUGCACUCAUACAGCGGAGGCAAGCUCUUCCCAAGCGUCAGAAGUAUGGCACCAGAUGAUGUGAACAGGGUGUUCAAGAAUAGGACAAUCGAUACUGCUGCUCUGGCAGUGUGUUCACCGUACGAUUGUGUGGAUGUGACGGGAAAAGCUUACUCCAUAAAGGAUGUCUGUACACACGAUGGAAGCGCCCGUGUAGCACCUAGUAAAUGUGAUUCUCUGCCCUGUACCAAUGAUUUGUCAUGUCUAUCGUUAAAUAAAAAUGGUCAUGUGACUAACAGUGCUACAAUCACGAAAGAAAACUAUAAUAUAAGGCUGACUCUUGACCGUCGGAAACAGCCAGAAAACUACAUUGAAAAUGAUACAUUCAAUUUACACAGUUGUUCCAAAGAAGAUGAAAUUCCUGAAGACUCUGAUUCAGAUAAGCUUGAUAGCAACCAGACCUCAAUUACAUCAUAUUGUAAAGAUCUAGCAGGCACAGACUUUACGAAUGACCUGAAUAUUAAUUUUCCCAAUUCCGGAUUGAGUGGGUAUGUUGACUAUAAUCAAUAUAACAUACAAUCUGGCAUUCCGCCAGCUGUCGACUAUAUUACAACCAGUGCUAGUCAGAGACUUGUUAACAAUCCAAAAGGGCCUGGGAACCAGCUAAAUGGUAUACAGGGUACCAGACCAGUGAGUGAUGUGGUUCGAGUUCCACCUCAUUUCUACGGUUCUCUGUCUCUGCUGGAUGACGAGGGUGGGGAAGUUACAGAGCUUUAAGUAAAAUUUAGUCAGCCUCCAUUAUGUACUGUAACACCACAAAUCACAUGUGCAGUUUUGUUGAUCAAAAAGGAAGUCUAAAGUCAUCAGUUGUGACAUCCUGAUUGAGAGCAAGCUUACUAGUUUCUUAAAUAGAAAGGUGCAUACUGUCAAAUAUGGCUACAGCGAACACGUUUUUAAUUAAUUCAUGCUUUUAACAAAGUAAUUUUCAUUCCCUGUAGUUUUAAAACAUAGGAACUUAAUAGAUAUAACAAGUUUAUAACAAAUCAAAAUUAUCCUAAGCACAUUGCUGUAAGAAUGUUUUUUCUGUAGUGGGGAUUUGAUCGCACUAAAUAAGUAGUACGUAGUUUGAUAAAAUUGAAGAUUCAUAGCCAGCUUAUAUAGUUCAUCUGGUUUCUGUUACCAUGGAGACUUGACUGUGUCAAAUUCUAUCAUGCACUUUAUAUCAAUAUUAAUGAAAAAAUGUAUGUGUCAGAUAAAAGGACUAAAUUCUAACAGAGACGGAGAAUUUUGUCUCUGCAGUAGUACAUACUUUUCUACACUAAGUUGUGAGUUAGUUUUCCCUUUUCCAUUAUAAAGCCUUUUAUUUCAAAUUGAUAUUUUAUGGUAACUUGAAAUCAAAUCAUCAGUAUAUGGAGCAUUAAGUUCAAAGAAUGUUUCCCACAAAGUUUGAGCUGUCUUGUGCGGUGUGAGAGGGUUAAACUCAUUCCAAACGAUAAGAUUCAAGAAUAAAGGGAUUAGUUUAAGACAUUUGUGAGCAAUAAUCAUGUUAAACAUAAUAGCAAUCAAAUUUUUUCUCAUUACCUUUAAAAAAAAAGUAAAAUAUUUUAUGUAAUUCAGUUUAAUAGCAAAAAAAAAAAAAAAUUGUAGGUAUGAAGAUAUGGUUUUGCACAUUGCUGACAUCAAAGCUUGCUUGCUGAGUACGUUUUUAGUGUGGUGCCUAUCCGUGUCAGUUCUCUCAAGGAAGUGGUAUUAAAAUACACAGGCAGUGCUUGUACAUGUACAUUGCAUUUUUACUGGACUUUUGUUUGUAGAUACAAUCUUGAUAUGAUCAAAUAAAAAUUAGUUUUGUCUUGUACGUCUGUCUGCAUUAAUUUGGAAUGUAAUGUGUUUUAUUAUUGAAUCGAGUACUGGUAAAUACGUGUAGUAUACAAUGUACACACAAGUUGGUGUUCUAUAUUACUGCAUUGAGAGUCUGGUCUACACCAUUCACUAUUUGUAUAGUUACAUGUAGCACUUUCCAUUUUUGUAACAUUCCCAUUUUAUUUCUGUAUAUAUAUGUGUGUUUAUAUCAUAUGAAGGGAUCCAAAGCUGCCCAGAUGCUAUCAAAUUCAAUGUAUUGUGUAUAAAUCUGCCCAGAUGCUAUCAAAUUAAAAUGUAUUGUGUAUAAGAAUAUUUUAUAAUGCUGUACAAAGUGCUCACAUUCGAAUAUAUUUUUGCACAGAAUUUUAAUUUAAAAAUUUCAAUUACCUCCUUUUACCCUUGCACUACAAAUUGAUAUUUUUUUUAAAGCAAAAAAUGCUAAUGAAGUGCUUUAUAAGUCCCAGGGGACGUUUGUUUGUCUAAGUUGUAUUUCUGAAUUCCUGUUAGUUGAUGUAUUUGUGGGCAAUUUUUACAAACUUAGUUGCUUCUUUUUUUUUAAAGAACUAUAAGUUCCGAAUUUUAUGUCUCCAGAAUCAAAGAUUUGGAACCAUUAAUUUAGUUUUUCAUCUGUCUGUCAAAAAAGAUUAAUAUUUGCUAGUAACUUUUUGAACAAAUACUUUCAUAUUUAGUUUUAUCCCACGUGACAUGACUUUUUUAACAGCAAUAUGUUUUUUCGACAUUGACCCUUAACCCACUUUUCAAAAAAUUCAACUUUACAUUUAACGUUUUGAAAUGAAGAAGUGAGAAAUCUUCGAUAUAUAGUAUAUAUAGUCUUGGUGACACAAUUAAAGAGAGUGGUCACCAGAGCCAUUUGUGUUUCAAAUAUGCAUCUUUUCUGCAACUUUUUUUACAAGCCCUUCUUUAUGGGCUGUCGUUUCCACAGCUAGUUUUUUGCUCAAUUCUGUGUGAAAAUAAUAAUGAGGAUGUGUGGUUGAAAGUCAUUUAUUCCAUCAAAUAAUGAAUGACAAAUAAAGCAAUGCUGGGAGAUAAGGUUACAUUUAAAGUAAACUCAAAUAUUUCAUCUCGGCAACAUCGUACGUAAAACAAUUGAUAUAUAAUUAAAUGUAGCAACGGGGAAGAAGGUUUUCACAAUGAUUCAUCAUAUAUUCCAAGACCUCCCAGCCACAUAAUUUAUCUGGAACUGAAAGAAGUGUAUAAAAAUAUGUACAUACAAGUCUUUGGAGUUCUCUCCAUGUAAACCAAAAGAGAAAACAGCUUGACCAUGUACUCUUUUAUUUUAUUUUUUGACUAUAUGUUGAUUUCAUGUCAUGUAUUUUCAGAAUGACCACUUCUGAACGUUUUGAUAUAUAUAUAGGGAGAGGGAGAUUGGAAAUACUGUAUCAGUCAUUUUUUUUUUUAAAUCUCUUUCUCAUUACUUUUACUAAAAUUUGAUAUUGCACUCUCAAACUAGGUUUAUUUCAGAAAGCAAGAAAUAUGUUACUACUAAAGUAUUACAUUUUGUAUGGAGUAAAUUUGUACCAAAUAAGACUGGGGAUUGUUUCUGUGACCCAAAAGUGUGAUAAUCUUAUUGAACAUAAUAACUUUAGCAUAAUAUGAAUGUCAUUAUCACGGUGCUUGUUUUGAUUUUUUGAUGUUGUUGAGGCAUUAUAAAGUUUUACGGAUAUAAUUACUCGUAUGCACAUGUUGAGGCAUUAUAAAGUUUUAUGAAUAUAAUCACUCGUAUACCUUGUGGCUGUGUUCUGUUAUUCCGUUAUCUUAUGUGGGCGUAGUUUGAUAAUUUGUGUUUAUAUUACGUGUUUAUUCCAGAGAGGCUCCUGCAGCCUAUCUAUCCUCUAGACCAAUUUAAAAAUUACCCACAGAAAGUUAAAAUUGUAAACUUUGUACAAAUGUAAAACAGCACAGCUUACAAUGUAUAGCUAUGGUUAGUCACUGGUAGGCCUCUCUAUAAUAAUUUAUAUGAAUUAGUACUUGCUGCCAUUAUUGCAAGUCAGAAAUGCUACACCCCAUAGUCCGUUAUGCAAGCUAGCUCAUUGCAAGUAUGACAUUUGAUCACUACAUUUCUUUAUUUACUCCCCCCCCCCCAAGGAAAACUUGUUACUCAUGGGUAAUUUGGGGAUAACUUUGGAUAUGAUGUGAAUGCCAGUUGAUGACCCGAGACAGUCAAUGUGCACACUGUUUCUUAGUAUUGAUGCAGUUUCUAGUUCCAUGACCAACGUAAAUACCUACUGGUUGUGAACCCAUAUUAUUGCUCAAGUUGUCAAAUAUACCAGCUUUCUCUACAAACUGGCUUUUAUUUGUAUUGUAUAUGUAUUGACACUUUGUAUUGUAUUUAUACUCACAUCUCUGAUUUUUAUUAUUGGUUAAUAUUUGGCAGCAAGUUUAUUACUAUUAUUUUGAGAUAUUGUCAUAUUAUGUUUUGGUCUCAUUUGACAAAAUUUGAGUCUCAUGAAUUUAAUUUACAUUCCUCAAUAAAGCAUUUCCAAUACUGUA